AUGGCUACAUCCUUGGUUUUGGAGAAGUACAGAUUCGGUGAAUGCAUCAGUAAUGGUUUCAACGGAAAGGUUCACAAAGUUUUUGAUAAGACCGACGACACUCUUUACGCCUGUCGAAGCGUUAGCUAUGAAAACAUCUCAAGUAAGCUUAUCAAACAGGCCCGAAAGGAAUGGCCUCUCCUCAAGAAGGUGGAGCAUGCUUCUGUGGCCCAGAUCAUCGAGGUGAUAGAUGACGAGGCCGCGAAGACCGUUCAUUACAUAAUGGAAUAUUAUCCUCAUGGAGAUUUAGGUGCAUACAUACGGAAGCGGGCGCAGGAGCAGGACCAUGUCCCUGAACAACUGGUCUGGCUCAUCAUGACUCAACUCAUAGAGGGGCUUGCAUACCUUCAUAACCCCCACAAAAGAAACGCUCAAGGGAUUGGUGCGAUCGUUCACAGGCAUCUGUCCCCCUCUAAUGUGCUUAUUUCUGAAGACAACGAAGUUCGCAUAUCGGAUUUUAAGGUCAUUCGCGACGAAAGUGACUCUUCGUAUAUCGCUGAUGAAAACUAUAUGAAGCGGCAGUCAUACAGGUCCCCGGAGACCCUAGCCAAUGAACCUGAAAAUGAAACAGGCGACAUCUGGUCCCUAGGGUGCAUCAUCUACGAGCUCUGUACGUUUCAGGCCCCGUUCGUGGCGACAGACGUUUCAUCAAUGCUUAUGCUUCAGCAGAUGGACCACACGGACGAUAUUAGUAAGCUGCCUGCUAUCUACAGCGACGACUUGCGCAGCGUGCUGGGAUCUAUGCUGGUUGCGAACAAGAAGCGACGUAAUUCAGUGGUCGGCCUCAAAGCCAACAAGACCAUUCGGGAAUACAAUUUGGAAGUCCACAAGCUUUACGAGCGACGGUACGUGCGCGAACGGGAGCGAGAAAGGACACAACGGGGCCUGGCCCCGCCAGAGAUAAUUGACUAUCAGCGGACGCCACUAAUGCUUGCCGCGGAGGAAGGUGAUAUAAAGCAAGUUAAGCGGCGCCUUAAGAAAGAUGUAGGCAUGCAAGAUUUGGUUGGGAAGACUGCGCUGAUGUACGCUGCACAAGCCGGUAAGGAUGGAGUGUGUCGCAUCCUUUUGGAUAUGGAGGCUAGAAUGGUCUGCAAGAAAGGCAAGACGGCGCUUAUCUACGCAACUGAAGCCGGUGCCAAUGCAUGCAUAGAGCUUUUGGUGAAGUAUGAAGCAAAGAUGCAGUCUAAUGAUCAACGCACCGCGCUUAUGUUCGCCAUACUCAAGAAGAAUGCUCAUGCUGUUCAAGUACUUGCUCCCUAUGAGCACUCCAUCUGCAAUUCGGAUAAUGUAACGCCGACAAUGCUGGCAUGCUGCGAAGGAAACCCUUUUGCAGUAAAUGUUCUGAGUGCCUACGAGGCCGGAAUGCAGGACAUAAAGGGGUGGACAGCUCUACACUAUGCAGCUGCUCAGAACUCCGUCCUGUGCAUGAACUAUCUGCUGGACAAAGAGAUCAAGAAGCUCACCCUCUCUGGACUGACCCCAUUGAUGAUCGCAGCGCACUCCGGUCAUGCAAAGGCCAUUAAGCGCCUGCUUCCUUACAAUAAGCGGGUCUGGGAUCACGAAAACCGAACAGCACUUAUGUAUGCUGUAAGGCAAGGCCAUCUUGAGGCAACGAUGCUUCUUUUAGACGAGGAGGCGAACUUCCAGGACAAGCAGCACAAGACCGCGCUGAUGAUGGCCGUGGAGCGUAACCAUAAGCACAUAGUGGAAUAUAUGGUUAAGUCCUCCAAAGUGGAGUGGGGCCUCCGGAAUACCCAAGGCUAUACGGCACUACACAUGGCCGUGUUAUACAACUAUUCAGAGUGUGCAGCUCUGCUUCUGCCCAGAGAGGCCCGAAUACCAAUACUCCUAGAUCCACAUGGCCCCGAGUAUGGAGAAACGGCCUUUGAAUUAGCGUUUAAUAGAGAAAACUACCAGAUGGCCAUGCUGUUGGCUCCGAUUGAGGGCCCACGAGCCACAAACGAAAUCGAUCAGGAACGUCGCACUGACCUAAUCAGAGCAGCAGAAAGAGGCGACGCCAUGUCAGUCAUCUGUUUUGCUAGCCAAGCUGGGUGCAUAGACAUCUACAACAAAACUGCAUUGAUGUAUGCCGCAGAAAGCAACAACCAGACCAUCGUGAAAGCACUUAUUCCAUAUGAGGCGAAUAUCGAGGCGAAUGGUCUCAAGGCCCUGACAUAUGCUCUCUUGAAUAACAACAUAGAAGUUGCAGAGCUGCUUGCGCCCAGUGAGAGCAUAGAUAUCUCCAAGUACUCACGCCUUGAUAACCGUGAGACAGAGCUGAUGAAGGCAGUGGCAGAGGGUGACAUACUCCGGACAUGGUGCUUGCGCUUCCAAGCUGGGCUCCACAAUACGGACGGCACCACUGCCCUAAUGAUUGCUGCUACUACCGGCAAUCUAUAUGCGACGCGUCUUUUGGUGGCCCAUGAGGCUGGGAUGCGGCGCAAUGACCAUCAGCGGGCGUACACACUCGCAAUGCUGGCAGGUAACCAUGGAAUAGCAAAGAUUUUGUCAGACUAUGAAGACACAGACCUCAAUGUGCAAAACAACACUCCACUCAUGUUGGCCGCUGUUGAGAACCGGAUUUUGGACAUCAAAGCCAAUAUUAGAUACCUCGGGUCACGAAACGCUGAUAAUAAAACUGCGCUGAUGUUCGCUGCAGAGCGGGGACACCUGGAUGCCGUGAAGCUCCUCUUGGACGAGGCCAAGACAAAGAUGAUAACAAUGGACUGGCGCAAUGGAUACACAGCUCUGAUGUUAGCAGCUAAAUAUAACAAGGUGUCUGUCUGCGAGUGCCUGCUGAGCAGAGAACGUGGGAUGAGGAAUAAAGCAGACUGGACGGCGCUAAUGAUUGCUGCUCAGGCAAACUCUAUCGAUGCUGCCCGUGUGCUUUUUACAGAAGAGGCAGGUAUGCUUCUAUUGUCUGGUGAGACGACCACUUGCAAAACUGCGAUGAUGAUAGCUGCCGAGUACGGGCGACACGAGGUGGUGCAACUACUACUGCCCUAUGAGGGCGGUAAGCAGACCAGCGAAGGGCGCUCAGCACUCAUGUUUGCUGCCGCGAAUGGUCAUGUGGAGGCCGUGAAUAUUCUGGCCAAGGUGGAGAGCCGCCUUCAGCUAUCCUCCAGAUCUUCGGCACCGGGAUCAACAGCUAUCCAUAUUGCCGCUGAGUUUGGGCAACUGGACUGCGUGAAGGCUCUGAUACCUCACUGCCUUGCCAUUAAGCGCAACGAUGGCUUUACGUCGCUGAUGCUUGCAGCCGGUCGGAACCAUCUGGAGAUUGUCAAGCUCUUGGCAGAGCGUCAGAUAAGACUCCAAGCUAACAAUGGACUGUCGGCCCUGAUGAUUGCGGCAAGCAGAGGAUACUCGGACAUUGUAAAGAUCCUAAUGGACGACGAGGCUGGCCUGACCAAUGCAGAUGGAUACACAGCGCUGAUGCUGGCUGCACAAGCAGGUCACGCAGAUGUCUGCAGUUUACUUCGUCCACGGGAAGAAGCUAUUACUCAUCGCAGCGGAGCAUCCCUGUUGGAUAUGGCGCAAGGAGAAGCAAGGGACUUGUUCAUCAGUACUAUCUAA